GUCUCUCUCUCUCUACUGUGUAUCCUCACGCUCCCUUCAGUCUCUUUUGACCCAUCCAUAAUUAGGUUUUUAUUUUAGUUUUGUCUUCUCUCUCUCUCUCUCUCUCUCUCUCUCUCUCUCUCUCUCUCUCUCUCUUUCUUUCUUCUUUUACUUCUUUACUGGGUUUGCUCACUACCUUAACUUUUUUGUUAUUUUGGCAUUUUCACAAGACCAAAUCCAAGAUUUUACAACGAUUUCUCAUCUGGGUAUCUGUCGUUUUUGAGUAAAAAUCUCACCUUUUUUUUUUUUUUUUGAAUGAAAAAUCUAACCUUUUUUUUUUUAUAGCAAAUUCUCUACUCAUUUCUUGAAGAGGGUUUAAGGGUUUUCAAGAAGCUCUUGUCUUAUAUGUUAAGCAAAGAAUCUUUCUUCUCAGUUAAUUAAUGUGAGUUGAAAGCUUUGUAUGAGUCUCUUUAAGCUCUGGAUUGAAAAGCUUUUCUUUUAGAAAAUGGGAUGUUCUCAUUCCAAGUUAGAUGAUGAAGAAGCAGUUCAGAUCUGUAAAGACAGGAAACGUUUCAUCAAACAAGCGAUUGAACAUAGAACCAAGUUUGCUUCUGGUCACAUUGCUUAUAUCCUAUCUCUUAGGAAAGUCUCUGAUGCUCUCCACGACUUUAUCAUCCAUGGAGACAACAACAACAACAACAACGAGUUUGUUCCUCUGAGUCAAGACUCAUUCAUCACUCCGGUUAAGAGAAGACCACCGAGACGCCGCAACCGCAGCAACAGCGGUGAGUUCAUCUCCAUUACGCCUUCUUCCGUUCCUCCGAAAAUGAUUCAGGGUAGGCCAAGGUCCAAUGUGAAAGCUAGUUACUUGAUGGCUAAUAGAAGCAGACCUGUUCGUGUUGAGCAGAGGUCCCCUGAAACGUUUAGAGUUGAGACAUUUUCACCAAGUAACCAAUAUGGUGAAGCAGAUGGUUUCUUUGGAAUGAAUAUGAAUAUGAAUAUGAACACUUCUGCUUCCACUUCAUCUUCGUUUUGGAAUCCAUUGAGCUCUCCUGAGCAAAGGUUGAGUAGUCAUAACAUUCCACCUCCUUCACCGCAGACUUCGCAGUGGGAUUUCUUCUGGAAUCCGUUUUCGUCCUUGGAUUAUUACGGAUAUAAUAGUUAUGAUCGUGGAAGUGUUGAUAAUAGGAGUGGUAUAGAUGAUGAGAUUAGAGGAUUGAGACGUGUUAGGGAGGAAGAAGGGAUUCCUGACUUGGAAGAAGAUGAUGAGCCUAAUCAACCUGAACCUGUGAGGUUUCAGAGUCAUAUUCCGAAUCCGAAGGCAACUGAAGAAAGUAGAGGUAAAGUCGAUAAGAGUUGUUGCAAUGAGGAAGUUAAAGUUGAAGAUGUUAAUGAGGACGAAGAUGAAGAUGAAGAUGAAGAUGAAGAUGAGGAUGAUGAUGAUGAUGGGGAUGAUGAUGAUGCGGAGUUUACAGAUAGCGGGUGUGAAAGUGAUCAUGAGGGGGGUGAGAAAUGCGUUGCUCCAACGAAAGAACAGCGAAAAGUUGAGGUGCCUAGAGGAGAAACUACAGGGAAUGUUGUUGGAGUAGGGAAGGUUCAAGAGAUGAAGAAUGUUGUUGGUGUUAGACAUGAUAAUAAGUCGCCUGGUUUCACGGUGUAUGUGAACCGCAGACCAACAAGCAUGGCUGAGGUAAUCAAAGAUCUUGAAGAUCAGUUCACAACCAUUUGUGAUGCGGCUAAAGAAGUCUCGGGGCUAUUGGAAGCUAGUAGAGCUCAAUAUGCAUCAUCCUCUAAUGACCAUAGUGCCAGGAAAAUGCUGAAUCCAGUAGCUUUGUUCCGCUCGGGUUCAUCAAGAUCUUCCUCUUCAAGAUUCUUGAUCACUUCUUCUGGUGGUUCGAGGGAGAGUGGGUCUGAAAGCAGAAGCGAUGUUUCAGAUGAGUCUUGCAUGAUUUCGGGUAGCCACCAAACAACAUUGGACAGACUUUUCGCGUGGGAGAAGAAGCUCUAUGAUGAAGUUAGGUCCGGGGAACGUGUUCGAAGAGCAUAUGAGAAGAAAUGUAUGCAGCUGAGGAAUCAGGACGUGAAAGGAGAUGAUCCGCUUGCGGUUGAUAAAACAAGGGCUACAAUCAGAGAUUUAGACACACAGAUCAAGGUCUCAAUACACUCGAUUGAAUCCAUCUCUAAAAGGAUUGAGACUCUUCGUGACCAAGAACUGUUGCCUCAGCUUCUUGAGCUGGUUCAAGGAUUAACAAGGAUGUGGAAAGUAAUGGCAGAAAGUCACCAGAUACAGAAACGAACACUAGAUGAAGCCAAACUGUUACUUGCAGGCACGCCAGUUUCAAAACGUCACAAGAAGAGACAACCUGCAAUAAUGCCAGAGGCUAUCAACUCUCAAAGAUUAGCUCAAUCUGCUUUGAAUCUUGAAGCUCAGCUUCGAAACUGGAGAGCCUGUUUCGAAUUAUGGAUCACAUCUCAGAGAUCCUAUAUGAAAGCAUUAUCUGGUUGGCUUCUAAGAUGUUUCAGAUGUGAUCCUGACCCCGAGAAAGUUAGAUUAUCCUCAUGUCCCCACCCGAUAUACCGAGUCUGCAUCCAAUGGUCAAGGUUGCUUAACAGCAUGAACGAGAAACCGGUUUUGGACAAACUUGAGUUCUUUGCCUCAGGAAUGGGUUCAAUCUAUGCAAGGCAAGUAAGGGAAGAUCCCAAUUGGAGCGGAAGCGGGUCAAGGAGAUAUUCUGGAUCAGAAAGCAUGGACCUUGUGGUGGCUGAUAAGGUAGAUGAAGAUGUUGUAAUGACUGCUGAGAAACUUGCAGAGGUUGCAGUGAAGGUUCUCUGCCAUGGAAUGUCUGUUGCAGUUAGUUCACUUGCUGAGUUUGCCAUCAACUCAGCCGAUGAACACUCAAAGCUUGUUAGCCAACCAGAAGAAGAUACGUCGGAGCAGCCACCGGAUGUAAAUUUCAAUUCCUAAUUGUCAAUUAAUUUAUUCGGUUUUAGGGAGUUUAGAAUUAGGUAGAUAUUUGGCAUCAUCUUUUGCUAUCAGAAGAUAGUGUAGAAAUGGAUGAGACAAAUAGAGUUAGUUCAGUUGAUUUUGACAAUGUAACCAAUUGUUUUCCAAUUCUGGGUUACAAUGGUAUACCGGAUUCCGGUAUUUUGUCCUGUGAA